AUGUCCAUCAUCUCUGCCAUCGCAGGGGUCAUUGAAGCCAUCGUCGGUGCGAUAGUAUCCAUCCUUCUCGCGAUCUGGGACUUCUUCGUCUGCAUCAUCUGCUGCGAAUGCUUCAGCGGCGGAUCCCGCCGCAGCACAAGAAGUCGCGGCGGCGGAUUCGGAAGGCGCAGGGGCGCGGCCACCUAUUAA